UGAACUUCACGUCACUAAAGCUCGCAGGAUCAGGGUGCUUUGCGAGACUAGCGGCCGACAGAGCAGCGGAAGAAUUUAGUGUGAGAGUCGUCAGUCUAGCAGUUGGCAGCCGAUAGCCAGCUUCCAUUUACACAAAAGCAACUCCAGCGAUUGUCCUGCAAGCUACGGCCGGCAUGACGAGGUGAUUGCAACUAAUUAGUCACUGCAACUGGUCAUCAGCUUGGACUGGAUGCUGUGUAGGCAUAUGCGUUAUUGUUGUAACGUGCUCAGCAGUAGGAGGUGGAGAGGGUUUGCAGUCUCGUGCCACAGUCAGGUAUGGACACCUGGACACCGAAUCCUCGAGCAAAACCGUUCAUCCCUCGCCAGCAACGGAGCCUCUAUCUCACCUGGAAGUACAAAUUAACUAACAAGCGAGCUCUCCGCCGAGGCUGCCAGGCUGGAGCGGUUCUAUUUCUGCUGGUCACAGUCAUUGUAAAUAUCAAAUUAAUCUUAGACACAAGAAGAGUAGCCAAUGAGGAAGAGGCAGUGCAGGAGUAUGACGACGCCCUGCCCAACAUGGAGACCCCGCGCAAGACGGCAAGCGGUAGGAAGGUCCUGGACAUUGAGGUGUACUCCAGUCGCUCCAAAGUCUAUGUGGCAGUGGACGGCACCACUGUGUUGGAGGAUGAAAUGCGGGAGCAGGGCCGAGGCAUUCACGUGAUAGUCCUCAACCAGGCUACAGGCCAUGUGAUGGCCAAGAGGAUAUUUGACACCUACUCUCCCCAUGAGGACGAGGCCAUGAUCCUCUUCCUCAACAUGGUGACGCGUGGCAGGGUCCUCAUUUUCACUAUCAAGGAUGAGGGGACGUUCCACCUGAAAGAGUCUGCUAAAAACCUGCUGAAGGGGCUUGGGAGCCAGGCGGGCCUCAACCUCAGCUGGAGAGACAUGUGGACCUUGGUGGUGAAGAAAGGAGGUCAGUUGUAUGGUGAGAAACACUCCAAGUCCCCAGCCCUGUCCACCUGGGGAGAUCCUGUUCUGCUGAAGACUGAGGUGCAGCUCACUGCUUCUGAAGAUGCAGAGUGCCAUUGGGCUGACACAGAGCUUAACAGGAGGAGGAAACUCUUCUGCAGUAAGGUGGAGGGCUACGGCAGCAUCUGUAGCUGCAAGGACCCGGCCCCCAUUGAGUUCAACCCAGACCCACUCCCCAACAACAAUGUGUUCAAUGUUCCUGUGGCGGUCAUCGCUGGGAACAGACCUAACUAUCUGUACAGGAUGCUGAGGUCUCUGCUCUCGGCCCAGGGGGUCAACCCACAGAUGGUCACAGUCUUCAUCGAUGGAUACUAUGAGGAGCCCAUGGAUGUGGUAGAGCUGUUUGGACUGAAGGGGGUUCAACACACUCCCAUCAGCAUCAAGAAUGCCAGAGUAUCACAGCACUACAAAGCCAGUCUCACUGCAACCUUCAACCUACACCCAGAUGCCGACUUUGCCAUAGUCCUGGAGGAAGACCUAGAUAUCUCCAUAGAUUUCUUCAGUUUCCUGAGCCAGACCGUCCAUCUGCUCAACGAGGACGACAGCUUAUACUGCAUCUCGGCCUGGAACGACCAGGGUUAUGAGCACACCGCAGAGGACCCAGCUCUCCUUUACAGAGUGGAGAGUAUGCCAGGCCUGGGCUGGGUGCUGAAGAAGAGUCUCUACAAAGACGAACUGGAGCCCAAGUGGCCCACGCCUGAGAAGCUGUGGGACUGGGACAUGUGGAUGCGUAUGCCAGAACAGAGGAAAGGCAGAGAGUGUAUCAUCCCUGACGUGUCCCGCUCAUACCACUUUGGCAUCAUCGGACUCAACAUGAACGGCUACUUCCACGAAGUGUAUUUCAAGAAGCACAGGCUCAACACGGUUCCUAAUGUCCAGCUGAAGAAUGUUGACGGCUUGAAGAAAGAUGCCUACGAGCUGGAGAUUCAGAACUUACUUAAGGAGGCUGACGUACUGGACCACAGUAAGAACCCAUGUGAGGACUUGUUCAUCCCUGAUACAGAGGGGAAGACCUAUGUCAUGUACAUCAAGAUGGAGCUGGAGACUGACACAUCCACCUGGACUGAGCUUGCCAAGUGUCUCCAUGUGUGGGAUCUGGAUGUGAGAGGGUACCACAAUGGCAUGUGGAGGCUCUUCAGGAAGAGGAACCAUGUCCUGGUUGUGGCCGUUCCUAUCUCGCCAUACUCUGUGAAGAAGCCAGUGAACAUUACACCCAUCCACCUAGAGCCUCCGCCCAAAGAAGAGGGAGCCCCCAUGGAGCAGCGUUAGCCCAACACCACCACACACCCUUUCACAAUGCGCUCGACUGGUAUUAUGGUCUUUCUUGCAGAGGCUUGGGGCGACAGAGAGCCAUUUUCUUUACACUACAACACUCAGAGGGGGGUAUGUGGUGUAGAAGUGAUCCACACUGCCUACUGAGGUAGCUUGAGAAUCUUGAUUCCUGAGGUCAGAUUUGGCGCCAGAUCCGUUUCUUUACACUAAAAAUAGUCUCUUUUGAAACCGGUUUCAAAAUAGUGUAAAAGGUGGAGUAGCCCAACACCACCCCACACACACUCUCUCUAGCCUGGCCUUAACGCCUGCACCCUUACCCUACUACCAACACCACCCUCCUGGCCUUACCACAGACAGCAAGGCUUCUUGGAAGUGGUGUUUUUAUGGUGGUGGUCAGACACUGACUGGACUGCACCACUGAUCAUCAUUGGUCUUUCACUGUGUGGAGGUUCACUAGAAGAAGGUUUUUGACGAAGUGGGAGAUUGACCGUAUUAGGCUGUGCCACAGGAUUCCGUCCAAAUGGUUACGUAUAUGUAGCUAUGCCCCUUACUGACACUCCACCUGUGAUUUCUCGGAGAAGAGGAGUGGGGACAGAGGCUGGACCAGGAACGGAGUAUAAAAGGGAUCCGUUAACAUUUACUGCAUCUUUGAUGCGUCUCCUUUACGACGGUUGGAUGAUGUAUGGAAGAAACAAACUGGAUGAAAAGGAGAGGAAGGAUAAUUGACACUCAAAUCUCACCCCCAGCUUUGUGGGGACACACCCGCAUAAAUAAGUGGCUUCCGAUGAAACUUGCCCAACCAGAAAAUAUUGUAUUUUUAUUUCUAAGUGCUUUGUCAAUCCUGUAUACAUUUUAACUUAUGUUUAUUUAUUUCACUUGCCAGUAUAUCAACCAACAAGUGGUUGAAAUGUUUUAUUUUUAAUCUGAUUUUUAUUAAUAUCAAAUUUUUACUUUUUUAAAUGUUUUAAUUUUUAGGCCUAACGUUUACAGAUCUGAUAUACUAAUGUACAGUUGAAGUCAGAAGUUUACAUACACCUUAGCCAAAUACAUUUAAACUCAGUUUUUCACAAUUCUUGACAUUUAAUCAGAGUAAAAAUUCCCUGUCGUUUCAGGUAUAAGAGCGUCUGCCAAAUGACUUAAAUGUAAAUGUAGGUAGCCUUCCACAAGCUUCCCACAAUAAGUUGGGUGAAUUUUGGCCCAUUCCUCCUGACAGAGCUGGUGUAACUGAGUCAGGUUUGUUGGCCUCCUUGCUCACACAUGCUUUUUUUAGUUCUGCCCACAAAUCUUCUAUGGGAUAGAGGUCAGGGCUUUAUGAUGUCCACUCCAAUACAUUGACUUUGAUGUUCUUAAGCCAUUUCGCCAUUACUUUGGAAGUAUGCUUGGGGUCAUUGUCCAUUUGGAAGACCCAUUUUCGACCAAGCUUUAACUUCCUGACUGAUGUCUUGAGAUGUUGCUUCAAUAUAUCCACAAUUUUCCUACCUCAUGAUGCCAUCUAUUUUGUGAAGUGCACCAGUCCCUCCUGCAGCAAAGCACCCACACAACAUGAUGAUGCCACCACUGUGCUUCACGGUUGGGAUGGUGUUCUUCGGCUUGCAAGCCUCCCUCUUUGUCCUCCAAACAUAACGAUGGUCAUUAUGGCCAAGCAGUUCUAUUUUUUUUCAUCAGACCAGAGGAUAUUUCUCCAAAAAGUACUUGUGGAGGUCUACAUUUUUUUCCUGAGGUCUUUGCUGAUAUCUUUUGAUUUUCCCAUGUUGUCAAGCAAAGAGGCACUGAGUUUGAAGGUAUGCCUUGAAAUACAUCCACAGGUACACCUCCACUUGACUCCAAUGAUAUCAAUUAGCCUAUUAGAAGCUUCUAAAGCUGGAAUUCUGGAAUUUUCCAAGCUGUUUAAAGGCACAGUCAACUUAGUGUUUGUAAACUUCUGAUCCACUGGAAUUGUGAUAUAAUCUGUCUGUAAACAAUUGUUGAAAAAAUGACUUGUCAUGCACAAAGUAGAUGUCCUAACCGACUUGCCAAAACUAUAGUUAACAAUACAUUUGUGAAGUGGUUAAAAAAGAGUUUUCAUGACUCCAAUCUAAGUGUAUGUAAACUUCUGACUUCAACUGUACAUAUAUAGAUACAUCUAUCUGAAUAAAAAGGCUCCGCUUAUUAUUAUUAUUAUUAUUAUUUUUUUCAUUAACCUGUGUUUUAAAGUGCUAGUCGUUGCAGAUUAGGCACAUAAGAGAUAUGGCACCCUAUUUCCCCAUAUACUGCACUACUUUUGACCAGAGCCCUGUGGGCCCCGGACAAAAGUCGUACAUUCUUUAGGGUGCCAUUUGCCACGUAAAGAACAGUGGUUAACAUCAGCCCGUGAACACUAAAGUCUGUUGUCUGUCUGGUUCUGCACAUAUGAUGGUCUCUGCACAGUGUGGUUGAGAGACAUUUCAAGGUACUACUGGUGGAGGCUUUCUGAAAUACUAUCACUUUUUUGGAAUGUUGGAUAUGUUAUCAAUAUCUACUGUAGGGUUGAAUGAUGAUGAAAUUGUUUGUAAAAGUAGGUAUAUUGUAUCAGGUUUUUUGCAGAGGUUUUUUUGUGUGUGUGUGGCUGCAGUGCAUUUCAUCAGUACCAUGCUGAUAUCCUGCAGCUAAAACAAUGGUUUUCAUUUCAGUCACAAUAACCACUUGUUAUUUUUGCUGUGUGUGUGUGUGUUGUCUAGCUCUACAGUCCUCUAAUUUCAAAGAGAAAUCUAUUAUAAUGGAGGUUUGUCUGUUUGAUAAGUUUGACUUACAUGUGAAGUAUUAGUCUCUCAAUGAAAUGAAUAAAUGUGUUUUUUAAA